UUAAUUUUAUUUUACAGAUUACAAACUUUUUUUAACAAUUAAAUUAGUUCCUAUAAUGCAUUAAUUUCUUAGAACUGGGAAUGUAUCAUUCAAGUACUCAGCGGAAAUAUUGGACGUUUAAAAAUGAUUCAGAAAUAUCAAAAGCACGAGAGCAAGUGAAUCGAGUUUACAGACAAUGUUAUGUGGAAAAAAGUCCUGAACGUGAUAUUAAUGAUGAUAGUUUCUUUCUUACAGUAAACGAGGAAAGACAAUUACUGCGAUGGUAUGAUGACAAACUGAUAAAAGAAUUCUGUAGACAUUUUAAUCCUCAAAUCCCUCUUACCAGCAUUGGAACAGCUUGCCAGUACAUGAAACGACUUUACCUUCGGUAUUCUGUUAUGGAUUAUAAUCCAAAACUUAUGAUGUUAGCUGCGAUAUGGCUUUCUUGUAAAACUGACGAAUUUAAUAUUUCAAUGGAUCAGUUUGUAUGGAAUGUUCAUCAUUUGUUAAAAGGAGAAGCGAGAGAUCAUGGCGAAGAUUAUGCUCGUAAAUAUGGAGAUGCAAUACUUUCUAUUGAACUUAUUUUAAUCAAAGAACUAAAUUUUCACCUCACAGUUCAUAAUCCAUUAAGACCAUUCGAAGGGUUCAUUAUUGAUGUAAAAACUAGAUAUGCAGGAAGAAAUAUUGAUAAGAUUGACAUGCUUAGAAAACCUGCAAGGGAUUACCUAUAUACAUCCUUUUUUACGGACGCCCAGUUGCUUUUUACUCCUUCACAAAUUGCAUUGGCAUCGUUGCUUUCAGUAGGAUCAAAACAGGGUAUAAAUUUAGAUGCUUACGUCACGGAACAUUUAUUGAAAGGCCAACCGCAAAACGUGUUGGAUGAUACAGUCAAAAGUGUUAAAAAAAUUCGAUCCAUUAUUAAGAAAUGUGUUAAACCACCAUCUGAAUCUGUUGCUAUGGCAAUAGAACAAAAACUACAGUUUUGUAGGAAUAGAGAAUCCGAUCCAUUAACUGAAGAAUAUGCUAGAGUAAAAAAUCAAGAGGAUGAAGAAAGAGAUAGGGUUGCAGCACAAAAAUGGAGAGCUGAAGCACAAAGACAAAAACAAAUUGAAAUGGAUUUACUUGCUUUUUAAAAUACAUCACUAUCAGUUUUAGAUAUUAUUUCAUUUUCUCUAAAAUUUGCACUACCAUAAACUGUCCAAUGGUUUUUUUGGAGAAGGAAAUGACCCUGAUAGUUUCAUUUUCUGUUUCAGAUGUCCAGUGACAUUCUUAAUGAAUUUAAUUAUUCUAAAGUAUGAAUUUGUAGAAAAUAAACCAUUCAUUACAAAGUACCGAAAUGUGCUGAUUUGAAAUACCAUAAAGCAGCUAUCCACCUUUUAAAGAAUCAAGUCAUGUAUAUUGCAAUGUUUUGGUUCAAUUAGAAUUUUAUUGAAUUUCUGUCCAAUUUUACCUGAUUUCCUCUUAUUAUAUGAGAUAUGACAUCAGCGUAUAGUGGGAAGUUAUCUAAUGUAGGCAAUUUCAUAUAUCAUAUGCAUGAUUGUUCCCUAUAUCAUUCUAUACUUGGUGAAGUAAUAGUUUUUACUGGUGGUAGCCGAGUCGCACUCUUUAUGCAAUGGCAUUUUUGUGUCCACAAUAUUUUGGAGGAUUAUGGUUUGUGUGAUAACAUAUAACUGCCUUUUUAUUAGUGUUAUUAAAGAUAUUUGACUGAAAAGCAGAUAUUCUAAUGGACAUGGUAAAAAAUGAAGUGAUUCUUUGUUCCCAUGGCUCUCUUGGCUCUAUAUAGUAUAAUUUAUAAGCAAAAACUAUGGUUAGAAGAAGUGAUUUACAUGAUUUAAAAGGAUCUUCAUUUUCUGAAUCUAAGUUUUGACAGUGCAUUACUUCAUUUCCAUGAGAUUGUUUCAAAUUCAGACCAAAUAUGGCAAUAUCUAAAUAAUAAUUAUUCAUGUGCUAGGCGUAUACUGCUUUCUAACUUUUUGUGCCUUUUUUUGUUUGUUAAAUUCAUCAAGUAGUUGAAAUGUAAUGCUUAAUCUCCCUUCGUUAUAGAUACCGGUAGUUGAAAAAAGUUAAUGUUGUGUUUCUAUGCUUGUUAUUGUGUUUCUGACCACAUAGUCAUUUCAAUAAAAGGUCUGCAGUGAUUUUGAUGCUUCACAGCUUUAAUGUUCCAAUCAUCCUUUCCAGAUAAUGUGAUUUAUAUUUUUUUGUUUUUCAUCCUCACAGA